UGCAGCAGUAACGCACGAAGUGUUGGCUUAUGAUAUGAGUUACGAUAACGAUUAAUAUCUGAUACAAAUUGAGUUGAUUAACCAUAAAUGGUUUCAACUUUCAAUGCACCAAGUCCAUUGAAACUCUAAUUAGGCAAAGAAAACCAAAACCACACGCAAUUAAGAAAAUGCGGUGUUGCAUUCCGACUUUGUUAGCCGUAACCGCCGUGCUGGUGUCGGCGGUGGGCGGCGUUUUCCUCCCUCUGGAGCGGAGCAUUCCUCCGAGCCACCGCGUGGAGCUGGCGGCGCUGAGGGCCCGCGACAGAGUCCGCCACGCCCGAAUGCUGCGCGGCGUGGUCGACUUCUCAGUCGAAGGCACCUCCGAUCUAUCCCUUGGGUUCGGGUUGUAUUUUACCAAAGUGAAGAUAGGAACUCCUCCGAAAGAAUUCAACGUUCAGAUUGAUACGGGAAGUGACAUAUUGUGGGUUAAUUGCAACACUUGCAGUAAUUGCCCUCAGUCUAGUCAACUAGGGAUUGUGCUCAAUUUCUUUGACACAGUUGGCUCGUCCACCGCUGCGUUGGUUCCGUGCUCGGACCCGAUAUGCACUUCUGGGGUUCAAGGUGCUGCUGCUGAGUGCUCCCCCCGGGUUAAUCAGUGCAGCUACACAUUUCAGUAUGGAGAUGGGAGUGGGACAUUUGGUUAUUAUGUAUCAGAUGCAAUGUAUUUUGACAUGAUCAUGGGACAGUCUCCACCGGCUAACUCUUCGGCUACCGUUGUUUUUGGGUGUAGCACCUAUCAGUCUGGAGAUUUGACUAAGGCAGAUAAAGCAGUUGAUGGAAUUUUUGGGUUUGGCCCUGGUGCUCUCUCUGUUGCAUCUCAAUUGUCUUCACGGGGAAUAACACCCAAAGUUUUCUCUCAUUGCUUAAAAGGAGAUGGCAAUGGAGGAGGCAUACUAGUUCUUGGUGAGAUUUUGGAGCCAAGUAUUGUUUAUAGUCCACUAGUCCCAUCACAGCCUCAUUACAAUUUGAAUCUUCAGACUAUUGCUGUCAAUGGGCAACUCCUCCCCAUUAAUCCAGCUGUAUUUGCAACCUCUAACAACCGAGGAACUAUAGUUGACUGUGGUACAACAUUGGCGUAUCUUGUUCAAGAAGCUUAUGAUCCUCUUGUCACUGCCAUAACUACUGUCGUGUCACAAUUUGCUAGGCAAACUAUUUCCAAAGGAAACCAGUGUUAUCUGGUUUCAACCAGCAUAGAUAACAUUUUUCCUUCAGUCAGUUUCAAUUUUGCUGGUGGAGCAUCAAUGGUUUUAAAACCAGAGCAGUACCUUAUUCAUAGUGGUUACCUUGAUGGUGUUGCAAUGUGGUGCAUCGGUAUCCAGAAAGUGCAGGAGGGCGUCACAAUUUUAGGAGAUCUUGUCCUAAAAGAUAAGAUAGUUGUGUAUGACUUAGCUCAUCAACGAAUUGGAUGGGCUAACUAUGACUGUUCUUUGUCUGUAAAUGUUUCCGUGACUACAAGCAAGGAUGAGUACAUCAAUGCGGGACAAAUAAGUGUCAGCAGCUCUAAUUUUUGCAGUUUUUAUAAGUUACUGCAUGUAAGCAUUGUGUCUCUCUCUUUGUACAUAGUGUUGGUGUGAAAAAAUUAGAUAAUGUGAAGUGUUGGGAAUCAUAGUCAUCAACACUCAGGAUAAUGUAAAAUUAAGUUUUCAACAUUAACCAUGGGAAGAAGAUCAAGUGAGAAGACAGAGAUUUAUGAUUCAAGUAGCGUUGAAGAAAUGGAUAUUUCAAUAGAAGCUUGAAAAGUGGAGAUUUCGACAAAAGGUUAAGAAGGAGAAUUUCACAAAAGUUUGAUAAGUGCAUAGUUGGAAGUCCAAAGAAUGAUUGAAUGAAAAAUCAUAAUUGUAAGUACCCAAUUUUGACCGGGUAAAAAAAGGGACGAUGACCAAAAGUUGAUUAAAAAAAUUAAUUACUUAUUA